AUGACAUCGAUAACUACGGCCCGUUAUGGCAAAGAAAACGUCCGUGUCUGUAAAGUUGAAAGAGAUAAGCGAACCGGAGUACACACGGUUACCGAGAUGACUGUUACAGUCCUAUUAGAAGGAGCCAUUGAAUCUUCUUAUACCAAAGCCGAUAACUCUGUGAUCAUUGCUACCGAUAGUAUCAAGAACACCGUAUACAUAAAGACCAAGGAAAAUCCCGUCACUCCGCCAGAACGCUACGCUGCAGUUCUAGGCUCUCACUUUAUAGAAACCUAUUCACACAUCACGACCGCGAAAGUUGACAUUAUUAGUGACCACUGGACUCGAAUGGAGGUUUCGGGGCAGUCCCAUCCUCACGCCUUCGUGAGGAAAGGGGCCGAGCGGCGGCUGGUGCAAACGGAAGUCGGGACAGGCAAGAUUGUGGUGCGCAGUGGGCUCUAUGAUCUCGCUCUCCUAAAAAGCACCGGCUCACAGUUCAAUGGCUUCAUACGAGACGAGUAUACGGUUCUACCUGACGUCUGGGAUCGCAUCCUCUCCACCAAAGUCCAUUGCCUCUGGACUUGGGAAUUGUUUGCCAGCCUCGGUGCUGUCCACGCCGCAGCGCCCAAGUUUGACGAGGCUCUCACCAACGCCCGAGAAAUCACCAUGAAGGUCUUUGCUGAGGAGGAGAGCGCGUCGGUCCAAAAUACCAUGUACAAAAUGUGUACUCAACUCUUGCAUGCCAUUCCCGACGUCCAGGCUCAAGACCUGGCCCCCAUCCAUACCUUCGCUAAUGCAACGCUAGACUUGAGUUGGUUCCAUGGCAUGCAGAAUCUGGAUCAGCAUGCCGAAGUCUACUUGCCCCAAUCGAGUCCCAACGGCCUUAUCGAGUUAAAAGUCUCAAGGGCGAAUAUUUUGUGA